AUGGAUAUGCCAACAACCAGUAGCUCAAGUGAUAAUCGGAAAUGCACUGUUCCGAUUGAAAUGAUUAAGCAAAAAAUAUUGGAUUGGAAUGACGAAAUAUUCAUCCAAGCGGGCAUGCCCGAAAUGUUCAAAGGGGUGGAUACCCUUAAACGAUUGAAGGAAAAUUCUGUGAUACCUUUGGAUGAUCCAAUAAGGAUUUUGGUGACAAAGUGUGUCAUAUGGAAGCUCAAGAAUGACUUCGGCCGUCUUCUUGGUAAGAGGUUCGAGGGAACCCUAGCCACUGUGGCAGAGUGGCUAGUGGAUAAAUUCCCUAACCUGGCACCGAAGAACGACUUCUAUUAUAAAGAUAAAACGGGGAGUAUCCGUGGCCACCUUCGUUGGCGGUAUUACAACACGGAGAAACCCGAGAGAAUCGUUACAUCAAUUGGUGCUGAUCUUAAAUUUAAAAAACGCAAAAUCGAAAUGAUGAUGAUCGAUAACUCAAUGACAUUGAAGACCAAGAAACCGAAUCAUAUCUUUAUCAUCAGCAACAACAACGACGAUCAUUGUUU